AUGAAGCUUCUCGCAUCAAUCUCCUUUUUCGUUGUCGCCUCUCUCGCGGCCAAAUACCCUGCCGGCACCAACUGCCACUCAAAUCUAGAGUGCAACGACAACUGCCUAGAUGGAAAAUGGACAAUCACGAAUGUGCAGGGUGACUACCAGCUUGUGUGCGAUCCAACAAAAGAUGACCCCACUCAAUACUACGCCGCUUAUUGUGAACGCAAACGAACGACGCAUAGUAGCGGUGAAAUCACCACUGAGAAAGGUUUUAAUACCGAAGGGAAGCGCAGCACUCAAGGCGAUAUUUCCCAGAGCUGGGUAAAUGCCUGUAAUGCAGAAGACUCAGAAAGUGACUUCAUCACCUCUGUGACGGCCAGCGAAGCAGUUUCUCACGGAUACGGGUGUGAUGUGAACACAGUUUUUCCAAACUCAAAGCGGGAUAUGGCGUUCCGGGCUUAA